AUGGAGGAGAAACUCGAGAGAGAGCUCCUGACGGUGUUCGCGCGGAGCGUGUCGAGCAACUUCGAGGACAUAAAGCAGAGCGAGGCGAAGAUCACGGCGCUGUACGAGGACCCCAAUCGGGAGAGCUACAUCCGGCUGCUCCUCAAGUUUGUCAUGUACCCAUAUGAUGAGAAAAACCAGAAAAAAAACCUCUACGAUGAAGUGCUAAACAGGAAUGUAAAAAUAGCCGUCCUGAUAAGCAUAAAAAACUUCGUAAAAAAAAGCGUCCACAGUAACCUGGAGAGUCUAGAGCUGAGUCCAGACUUGAGCAUACAGAUCAAGCACUUCUGCAUGCACUUCCUUCUGGACGUGAACAAUGAAGACAUACAAAGUCUGGACCGAUAUUUCUAUGAGAUCUUACUUUACUUGUUCAAGUUUAGCAUCUGUGACGAUUAUGAUUACCUCCUGUUUUAUUUGAUCACUCUCUACAUUAGCGAUGGCGGAGCAGACAGCGUGGUGCAGCUACUGCACAGCGAUGAGAGGAAGAAGGUGGACGACACAGCAAAGAUCAUCGAUUGUAUCAUGCUGUACGUAAGGAACAAGGAAAUAAUGGAGGGCCUAACCCAGGACAACUUCUUCGUUCAGUAUCCAAAGUUUGUGUCAAAUAUGGAGGAGAUUAAAAACGUCAUUUGUUGUCGAAACAAGUCUCUCAAUGAUGACAUUGUUAACUAUAUAAACAAUACUAAGAGAGUAUACAAGACGAACGACAGGCACAGCUUGUUCCUGCUCAGCGAUUGCACCCUGUACGGAUUGCCUGGGGGUGGCCUGGCUGGUCUCCCCAAUAUGCUUAGCGUAGUUAACGUGGUUAGCGCGGUUAGUGUAGACAAUGCUGUUAACGUGGUUGGCGGCGGGAUGGGAAGUCCACAAUUCGAUUUCCCAGGAAAGGGAACCAUCGCUAAUGACUACAACGGGAAUGUAAAGCUCGUGCCACUCGCCACGGCCAUGGCACACUCUUCCAAUCAUCACAUAAACACUACCCUCCUUCGAAAAAAGUUCAUCGCCAUGAAAAUAGUCAGAAAGAUUGUAAAAAAAUACAAAAACAAUGACUAUGUGUCUAAGUAUGAUUUGAAGAUCAUCCUCACUCACAUUGAAUUUCCCCUUACUCUCUACUUCGUGUAUCUGUAUGGGAAGUUCUCUGAGAGUAGUGGGUACCUUGCAGAGAAGUUAAACGUGGCAGGGGGGGGUCCGAACGCGCUGCUUGCAGGAGGAAGAACAGAACUGAAACCCAGCCAAGUGUACCUCCAGAUAAGUAACUGCUUCCUAGCCAUGAACUAUCUCCUACAAAACAUGCACGUAUAUUUGAAAAUAUUUUAUGCUAUCAUUGGAGUGGACCUUCCUGAGUACUUUGAGGACAACUUUGAAGUCCUCUUUAACAUCUUUAACAACAUGCUUCUCUACGAUAUUGGCAUGGUGGGAAAUUUCGUCCGCUGCAUGGAGGUGUUGUACGGCCAAGGCGGCGCGUCCUACAAUGCGGGUGGGACUUCCUCCUACGGCGCGGCCUCCAUUUCCUCCUCCCCACCGCAUAGCCGCUCUGCUCAGUUCGCCCCGCCGCAACUAACCCCGCAAGAAUUGUCCAAGCUGAACUCCAACUUUCUGCAAAACGUUCUAAAGUGCAAAGUGAUGUUAGUGGACGUUAUCAAAAUCAUUUCGGAGAGAUAUCAAGAUGAGUCCAAGAAAUACAUCGUGAAACUCGUGUUCUCUCUGACCCAGGUCCUCUACUCCGAGAAUGACAGGAAUUUGUUGUGUCACAAUUACAACUGCCUUGCUUCCACCAUCAAGCUCAUUCAUCACAUGAACCUGAACAAAAAUGAAUCGAACCCAUACAAAGAUAAGCAGUUUCUGCACAAAAUUAUCGAACGGGUUCUACAUCACAUCCGACUGAAACGAAUCGAUAUAGAGGAAAUCCUAGAUGCUGAUCUGGACUACUUUAGGAAUGACCUAAACAAGGUUAACUCCUUUUCCGUCCGAUCCGCGGCUACCUAUUUUUUGAAAACACUCUGUGAUAACUACUUCGACGCUUGCUUUCCCAUGCUGGAGGUUAGGAUCUUCGCAAGGGACUCUCUCAUGUUCUUUAGCCCUUCUGCCACGUCGUCCAAUGAAGGAGGAGGCGCAGCAGGAGCAGCGGCAGGAGGAGGGAUUUCGACAGGCGCCUCCAACUCCACGCAGAUGCAAAACCAAAGCCAAAAUCAGAACCAGUUUGGAACCCCCCACCAUGUCGGGAUUGAUAAAAAUGACCCCUUUUACGAGGCCUGCAAUUUAGAGUACAAAAUACAACUAAUCACCUGUCUUGGUCAGGUAAACUUGGCACAAAACUUUUAUGAGCAAAACGUGCAACAUAUUCUUAAAGAAUUCGUUAUGACGGCGAAGAUGAAGUACCCGGAUGUGGACGCCCUCUGCUACGGCAUCCACGAUUACGACUUCUCCAGUCGGCCCGGAACGAACUCCGCCAGUGGGGUAGCACACACGGGAGUAUCACACGCCGGAGUGGGACAACGCGUACAAGGAGGCUCCGCCGCUAAUCAACACAAAUCCGUGUGGCUCUCCAAUGAAGACCUGUUCAGUAAAAAAAAUACCAUUUACCUCCUCUCCAUCCUCAAGUUCCUCCUGAACAAUAGAAGCCUCUGCAUCGGGUCGAACAACGCAUUGGACGUGUUCACCUUCCUACACCACCUGCUCUUCACGGACAAAGUUAUGAUAUACUGCUACGCUUGUCUUUGCAUGAAUCGCAUUUUAAAUCAGCAGAUCACUAGCGACCUCGUGCAAGCCAUCUUCACCAACUCUUUAUCGAAGACGCUCACCAGGUUGUUGUUUCUCCUCAAGUAUCAUGUCCACGUGAAGGUUUUAAAUGAAUACAUCCUCAUUACUAUUAUGAGAAUCUUCCUCCUCUGCCCGGAGAAGCUAGCCAAUCUAUAUCUCCCCCUUCUAAUCAUCCUGGAUAACACCAUCAAAACGAUUAUUAACGAUUCCCAUAAUCCUCUUUUUAAUCACUACCUAUUUGAGCUCCUCACUCUUAUCAUCUCCUUAAUAUACAAAUCGCAAAAUAUCAAUAACAUUCAGCAAGUGGAGGAAGUCGUUAUCUCCACGUUCUCUCAGAUUCUACAGAUGUAUGUACACGAUUUUAUACCUUACAUAUUUCAGAUUCUCUCCAUCAUAGUAGACAAUACAUUUACUAUCCAGAAGAUUCACAUGAAGAUAUUGAGUAACCUAUACGAGAUGGAUUUAUGGAAAAGCACCGUUGGCAAUGUGAAUGGAAUAAUUUGCGUAUUACGUAGUUUUUUUAAAAAACACCACCUCUUUGAGGAAAUCAUUAAGAGCAACAUGCAGCAAUUGUUUAAUAUUUACCAUUACUGCUUGUCUAAUAAGAAGCUCUCAACGGAUUCGUUUCAAAUCAUCCUCAUCAUUUUUACGUACCUCCCUGUGGAAGCCUAUAAAACGUUCUUGAAGCCCCUUUUUGUCUUACUCUUCACGUUUCUGCAGCAAUACAAGAAUGACAUCAUCAAGAUUAAAGUCGUGCACGCCCUCUCUGUGUUGGUCCUCAAGACGGACGUGUCCCUCUUCGUCGACACGGUGGAGCAGAUACACGCGGGCCUCAUCUUCAACGUGCUGAAGAAUCUCUAUAUGCCCAUCCUGGACAAGCUCAUCAAUGUGAACGAAAAGAUCAUCAUCUUCCUCGCCUUGACCAAGAUAAUGAGCAAUGAGAAGAUACGAGGAGAGCCCUUCGUCGUGGAUAUACUGAGUCUCCUCAAUCAAAACAUCACAAACAACGAACUCGUUUUGAAGAAGACCAAAGUCCAUCAUCAGGAUGUUCAGAAAGACGAGCUAGAUAAGAACUUCGAGGUCACCUACGUCAAGCUGCAGAUGAUUAACAGCGAUAAUAUUAACGAAACGGUCCUGCGCGACGUCAACAUCAACCUGGAACUGAAGCAAAACCUGUACAACCCCGUGUUCAUGCAGAUCUGCCACAACAACGGGUUCAGCAGCAUCCUGCAGCUCUUUUCCAGCUGA